AUGGCGAAAAGCUUCGAAAAUGCUCAUGUCGUGCAGGCUAAGCAUGAACAUGAUGAGAAGAAGGGAGCUGGUGAUGUAGCACCAACCUCUGCAUUUGUAGGCUUGACGCGUGCUCAGUCCGUCAGGAAGUUCUGGCGACUCUACGUUACCGGACUGGGUGUCUCCUUGGCGGGAAUGUAUGCUGGAUAUGCCAACUCAGUCAUCGGAAGUAUCAUUGUCAACGAAGGCUUCAUUGACAUUUUGAUUCAGACUAUUGCUCCAGUCACUGCAGAUAAAUUCGGUCGAAAAUUCAAUAUGUGGGGAGUGACGUUCUUUUUGACUCUGUCUAUCAUCAUCCAGGUUAUUGCACCCAACUGGUGGACGCUUCUCAUUGCUAGACUCGUGGCUGGCUGUGCAGGCGGUUUGAUGGGAACAUCAGUUAUGGUCUACAUCUCAGAGGUCUUCCUUGUCAUUGCUUUAAAGGUCCUCGGGGAAAGGAAUCCUACCGCCUUCCGUCAUAUCUUCUACUUAGAGUUUGUCUUCACUGGUCUUUGGCUUUUCCCUAUGCUUUAUCUUCCCGAAACACCCUCACUCUUUAUCCAGUAUGAGAUGGACGAGUCCUCAGCAACCGCCAAAUCUGGCAACGAAAACUCAGACUGGAAAGCUCUCUUCACCAGCAAGAUCAACAUGAAGAGAGCAGUCAUUUCAACUCUUCCUUUCACGUUCCAAAACAUCGUUGGAGUUCCACUGAUGUUUGGCUACACUACAUACUUCUUCCAACUGGCUGGAGUCAGCGAUCCAUUCUUGGGUAAUAUGGCCAAGCAGAUGGUUCUCGUAAUUGGCCGACGGACGCUCGUCAUGGGUGGUGGUGCAGCAAUGGCGGCCAUCUGCUUCGUUGUUGGCGGGUUGGGUUUCAUGAAGCAGACAAGUGCUUCAGGAAUAGUUUUGGUCGCCUUGUGUUCUAUUUGGGUGGUUGUAUAUGCAAACACACUCACUCCUAUUGGUUGGAUCAGCUUGGUCGAGAUCUCGAGUCCAAGCCUGCGUACUACGACGACAUUGAUUGCAGUAACUAUUCCAUACGCCACAGGUAUCUUAUUCAAUUAUACCGUUCCUCUAAUGCUGUCGAAUCAAAAUGCUGGGUGGGGCCAAAAGAUUGGCCUCUUCUUUGGGGGCAUCACAUUGGUCUAUUUGAUCCCCUGCUUUCUGAUGUUCCCCGAAACCAACAGUCGAACGUAUCGUGAGUUGGAUGAAUUAUUCGAGCGACGUGUUUCUGGUUGGAAAUUCGCAUCGACAAAAGCAUCGCGCCGGGAAGACCUCGAGGGAAAGGGUGGUGGAGAAAAGGGUGAAGGAGAAAAGGUCCAAAUCACGAGACUUAUUGUAUGA